AAAAAAACGAAAACCAUUUCGUUUCAAAACUUUGUCACUCGGUUCAGUCAACUUUCACAGGUAUACAAGAUGCAGUAUUUACCGGUCAAGUGGAUGUCUUCACCAUACCUGAAGGAAAAAUUGUACUAUACCGUAAGGAUUGAAGAAGAUAUCCUAGUAAAAUUAAUCAAGGCCAUGUACGCGACAGUGAAAUUGCAGGGAGAAAAUUUCGAUAACCACCGCUGCGAUGCAGGUGUUCGCGAUUUUGAUAUCGGCAACAGCGGAAACGGCGGCACAAAUGGCAACGGUGGUUACAAUAGUGGUGCAGUGGCACACGGGCCAAGCGGUAACGAAGGGGCUCGUGGGCCUGCAGGUGGUCGUGAAUGGACAAAUCACGUAGGCGUCCAUCGCACUUUGGGCUACGAGUCGCAAGACGAAAACGCUGCUAAACCCUAAACGAAUCUCAUCGUUUGAUGUCCGAGGAGUGAGACGGGAAGUAAGUUCGCGCGCGUUCAUCGGUCACGUCCACUCCCCGCCGCCAUUGUAUAUACACGAGUAUUAUCUACAGAUAUAUAUUUUAUUAUAGAAAUGUUUAUUUUAAACACCUUUGAUCAUCCAGAUCCGUCCAAUCGUAGAUAUUAAGUGUUUAUAAUAUUUUUAUGAUAUUAUAAACUUAAUUUUAAGGUUUAUGUUUAAUUAAUUCUAGUCUUUGUAACGGGUAUAAUAUUAUUUGAUACCUGCACCGUAUUAACGACGGUCGUCCACUACGUCGAACAAACGGAGCAGGAUAUUAUCGUUUUAUUUUUUUUCGCACGUUUUUAUAUAUCGGUGAUUUGAUGUACUUAUACUACUCACAACAUAAAACCAUAUUUAUGCAGAUUUUCAUUUCGUUAUCCCGCUGCUGUCUGAAUUUAAAAAAAAUACAAAUAAUCAGUUCUUGAUUUGUUACACGAUACGCUUAUAUUAAUAUAUAAAACAAUUAAAUACUAAACAAUAUGUUUUCUGAUAACGAAACAAAUUUGAUUGCACUUGUUUGUACCUAUAUCGUAACAAUUAAUAAAUUAAAAUUAUAUCAACUUUUUAUUUAUCGAAAAUCAACGUAAAAUAAUACUGCAGUAGCGAGUAUUUAUAUUAUAUAAAUUAGUCGAAUCGUCCAUGUUAUCAAUAUUGCAUAUUCUGCCGUGUAUUAUGUCAUAUUGUCAUCCAUCCAUCUAUAUAUUAUAUAAUUUUAGCUUGAUCACUUCCCGUCAAAAGCGGUAGUGAUGGUACAAACAUUAUUUUGUGUUAUUUUUAUUAUAAUUUAGUCGUUUUAUGUUUUAACAAUACCUAACGCUAUUUUUUAUGUUUAUACUUUAUAUUAUAGUUAAUGUUUUUUAAUGUUUAAUGUUCAUUUUGAGAUAUAAUUGCUAUUAUUAUAUAUUUAAUAUUUUUAAGAGUUAAUCCGUCGUUAACCUACCUGUUUACAAAAACGACGGUAUCUAUGCAUUGUUUUCAAGGAAAUGUACUCACUGUCAUACAUGAUACAAUUAAGCAACGUCCAAGAGGUUUGUUUGAUCGAUAUGACGAUAUCCAUAAUAAUUAAUAUAAAACAUUAGCUUGGCUUAUUAGAUGGUCGUAUAACAUGAUAUUUAGGUAGAAACCGAGGUAACCCAUAACUAUGUUAGGCGUUGCAUCAUAUUAUUAUAGGUUAUAAUAUAGAUAGUAUGACAUUUUUAAGGAAGGUUAAUUUUUUUGGUGUGUGGGAUCUUGCUAUUAUAAAAUUAUAAAUUAUAAUAUUAUAAUACAAUUAUUAUAAUUUAUGAUUUUAAUUUAAUUGCGUUCGUGAUUUUUAAUGUUACAUUAAACCAAUUCUAUAAGAAAAUUAAAAAAUUGUUUUUAAUUAUAUAAAUUG